AUGUAUUUGUCAUUCUCGUUGGUGUUAUUUUUAUCCAUCUUUCAUGAUGUGGCAUGUUACCCAGUGUUCUCCGGGAAGGUUCUCGAAAGAUCAGCAGAUCUCCUACCAAUUUACGAUUAUGUGAUAGUAGGAGGAGGAACAAGUGGACUCGUCGUUGCAAAUCGUUUGUCCAAAAAUGCUAAUACAACCGUUCUCGUGAUCGAGGCAGGAAAUUUUCAUAAAAAUGAAGAUUUCAUAACAGUCCCUCUAAUAACCACCGCCAAUCUCCCUGUACUUGGUAACGGUCCUCGUGGCACAAUCUAUGAUUGGAACACAACCUCAGUUCCGCAAUUGAACCUCGGAAAUCGAUCGAUUGAUCUUCCGGCUGGGAAAGUAAUUGGUGGUUCUUCUGCCAUAAAUGGGUUGGCAUUCAUGCGCGGUAAUGCAGCUGAAUAUGACCAUUGGGAAGAACUUGGAAAUGCUGGAUGGAAUUGGGAAGGUCUGCUCCCUUACUUCAAGAAAAGCGAACAUUUUACUCCUCCCGAUGAAGAGGGAGUGCAGGAUUGGGGCAUUGAAUACGAUGCGAACGUCCAUGGAGAAAAUGGUUUUCUCCAAAAUGGAUAUCCGAAUUUCGUUUGGCCUAGUACUAAAAACUUCUUAAGCGCCUUCUUCGAACUCGGCAUCUCAUACAUAAAAGACUCCCUCGCAGGUCUCAAUGCCGGCGUGUUCUUCAUCAUCCUUUCUAUUACCCCCGAUACCAAAGAGCGCAGUGCAUCUCAAUCUUUUUUGCCCCCAAGCUCUAAUUUGACUGUUCGUCCUAACUUACAUGUAUUGACUUCUAAUACUGUUACCAAAAUUCUCUUCUCUACCCCUUCUAAUUAUUCAUCUACAAGCUCGAAAGAACCGAGAGCCACUGGAGUAGAAUAUGCAGCUGGUGUGAAUGAAGAGAAAUUCACGGUAAAUGCUAAGAAAGAGGUGAUUCUAAGUGCCGGAGCACAGCGAACUCCGCAAUUAUUACAGAUCUCUGGAAUAGGACGACGUGAUGUGCUGGAAGGCCUAGGAAUUGAAAUUGUGGUUGAGAGUGAAGGUGUUGGCGAGAAUUACCAAGAUCACUUAUUGCUUACUACCGUUAACAAUGCUCCAAAUAUCGCGAUUCAAACUGGGAAUUUCAGUACAAAUGCUACGUGGCUUGCGGAGCAGCUUGAAUUGUAUAACGAGAAAAGGGAAGGGCCUUUCACAACUGCCUCAGCAAACGUCUUUGCUUUCCUCCCUCUCGCCACAAUCCUAAAUGGUUCUUCCCCCUCCACCAUCUCUACCCUCCAAUCUCUUUCCCAAUCCACAAAUGUAUCCCAAUACCUCCUCCCAUCUACCCCCUCGUCCGUUCUCGCUGGCUACAAACUCCAACAUCAAAUCCUCGCAUCCAACCUGUUCUCCAAAAACACCUCCCACAUGGAGAUGAUCGUUAGCGACGGCAUAAUCAUCCCAGCCAUCCAACUCCCCUUCUCUCGUGGCCGCGUCUCCAUUUCCUCAACCUCUGCUUUCGAUUUCCCUCUCCUAAAUCCAAAUUAUCUCUCCAAUCCGAUAGAUUUGCUUCAAUUUACCGUCGCAUUCAACUACACGCGUCUCAUGCGUACCACUUCCUCUCUCCAAGCAAUCAAUCUCACAGAAUCAUAUCCAGGAUCGAGUGUAACAACCCAAGCAGAAAUUGAAGAAUAUGUGAGGGAAUCAGUAGCAACUGAACAUCAUCAUUCGGGCACUGCAUCGAUGUUGCCGAGAGAAUUGGGUGGUGUGGUUGAUGAGAGAUUGAGAGUUUAUGGGGUGAAGGGGUUGAGAGUAGUGGAUGCUAGUGUGAUUCCGAUGAUUGUUGGAGCGCAUCUGCAGGGGACUGUGUAUGGAGUUGCGGAGAAGGGUGCGGCGAAGAUCUUGGAGGAUGCGUAG